AUGAAUCUUGCUUUGCGAAACUCGAAAUUUUGUAAAUGGAGUCACUUAAAAGUGAAGUCAUCCUUCCCUAUCCUGUUUACGGCGCUUUCAAGCAAGAUGUAUCCCAACCGGGUUCGAUGGAAUGAUGUCCCGCUGACCGCCCAAUCUAUGAAAGACCUUCGAAGCGAUAUGCAACUCCAAUAUCGCGGCUCGAGUAACACUGUCCUUGAACAUGAAUCGCAGGAGCAUUAUGAUAGAAUCCGCCGGGCGGGGGGUGACUCUAAUUUCGUGGAAAUGUGUAACGACGCAUACAUGCAAGAUGUCGAGUUUGACCUAAUGGUGACUCCCUCGCCCCUUUUACAGGAAUCUCAAAGGGACGCAAACAAUGCCAGACUGUCAGGAACUCUGCCAUCCGAUCUUCCUUAUAGAGAUGUUGCUGCGAGUCGACCUCUUCGGUAGUAUGCCCCGUUUCGGCGGUUUUGUUAAGAUCGAUAAUGAGGAUGCAUUGCAGCUUCGAGUUGAAAUGAUUAGUAAUACCCCAAAUUUAUAAUACCUUUCGUAAUGCGGAACACUUUUUUAUCUCCCUUCUCCUUCACCUCUACGCCGUAGAAAUUUCUCUCUAAUUUGCUGCUCUCGAUUUCCCUUGCUGCCACAAGUACUUGGGACAAUAUGAAUGUCUGAACUACUGAGACAAGAACUGCAUACCAUCGAUACUCAUUACAUUCCCGUUUUCGUUGGAUAUGUAUGUUCUAGCACACAGUGUCCCUUCUGCGUGUAUAUGUAACAAUGUUUGAGCAUUGUUGAACGUCGAAGUACGUGACUC